AAUCCAGGAAAAACAGCUGGCACGGAGGAAACACUGCGAAUGGAGAGAGCUCCGCAGCCCCCAUUCUACUAACCCGACCCAUUCUACUAACCCGAGCCAUCUGGCGCCAGAGACAGAAAUGCGGGAGGGGGAGAAGGUUACGGGAGAGAAAAGAUCCUAGGAUCUUAGGAGAAGGGAAGAGGCCGAGAAAGAAGAGGGGUGGAGGAAGAGGGGGCAACCUGUACCCUCGCUUUGUCUAGGGCUGCAGGUAUUUUCCACUUUAAGAAGCAGCUCAGCCGGGGGCCAGAGGGCAGCAGCGAGCACCGGCGCGGGGCUGGAGACGCGGGGCGCGGUGGGUUCUGCGCGCGGCGGCGGCACCUCCUCUCCCCGGAGCUGACAGGCAGCAGGUGGGCGGAGUGGAGGCUGGGGCGGUGGCGGGUCGGAAGCCGCCGGCUCCGAUGCUGCGAGGCUGCUGGUCCGGGUCGGUGCUCGCGGGAGGAGGCGAGGGAGAGGGAGGAGAAGAAGGCUCCGCCAGCGGGGAGUCUACGCCAUGGACUUCAACAUGAAGAAGCUGGCGUCGGACGCGGGCAUCUUCUUCACCAGGGCGGUGCAGUUCACCGAAGAGAAGUUUGGGCAGGCAGAGAAGACAGAACUAGAUGCUCAUUUUGAAAACCUCCUCGCCCGUGCAGAUAGCACCAAGAACUGGACAGAAAAGAUUCUUCGUCAGACAGAGGUGUUGCUGCAGCCAAAUCCCAGUGCCCGGGUGGAAGAGUUCCUCUAUGAGAAGCUGGACAGGAAGGUUCCCUCUCGAGUCACCAAUGGGGAGCUGCUGGCCCAGUACAUGUCAGAAGCUGCCAAUGAGCUGGGGCCAGAGACGCCCUAUGGGAAGACCCUGAUCAAGGUUGGGGAGACUGAGAAACGCCUUGGGGCAGCAGAGCGAGACUUCAUCCACUCUGCUUCCAUCAACUUUUUGACUCCUCUACGCAACUUCUUGGAAGGGGAUUGGAGGACCAUUUCGAAAGAGAGACGGAUUCUUCAGAACCGUCGUCUGGAUCUUGAUGCCUGCAAAGCCAGACUGAAAAAGGCCAAAGCAGCUGAGGCCAAAGCUGCGGCGGUGCCUGAUUUUCAGGAGACUAGACCUCGUAAUUACAUUCUCUCUGCCAGCGCCUCCGCGCUGUGGAGUGAUGAGGUAGAUAAGGCAGAGCAGGAACUUCGUGUGGCCCAGACGGAGUUCGAUCGGCAGGCGGAGGUGACUCGUCUCUUGUUAGAAGGAAUUAGUAGUACCCACGUGAAUCACCUUCGAUGCCUCCAGGAGUUUGUGGAGUCUCAGGCCACAUAUUAUGCCCAGUGCUAUCGACAUAUGCUGGACCUACAGAAACAGCUGGGCAGCACUCAAGGAGUGAUAUUUCCAGGCACCUUUGUGGGCAACACUGAACCUGCCUCCUCACCUUUGAGCGCUGCCUCCCUGGCAACAGCUGCUGCCACCAUCCCGGUGGUGCCCACUGUGGCAGGCAUGCCCCCCACAGAAACUGCCCUCAGCUUGGAUGAUGUGGCUCCACCUGCUAGUGGUACCCGAAAGGCCCGGGUGUUGUAUGACUAUGAGGCAGCUGACAGCAAUGAACUGGCCCUGCUGGCUGAUGAGCUCAUUACAGUCUACAGCCUCCCUGGAAUGGACCCUGACUGGCUCAUAGGGGAGAGAGGCAACAGAAAGGGGAAAGUACCCGUCACCUACUUAGAACUGCUCAGUUAAGCAGGGCCCUGGGCCCACCUUCUGAGGGCUGCCACGGCUCCCCACACCUUCUCCCAUCACUUCCCACUUUCACCCUCAGGUGGGAGAGAGAAGGUGGGGGGAAGGAAAAGGGUGCUGUCCCUUAACUCCUCUCGCUUCAUCCUGUCAUUUGUUCAUUCAUUACCUUGCCGAGAUCCUGGCUUGGGGUGGAAGCCUUGUGUCCUCCCUUCCUGUCACAUACAUUCCAUCAUGGAACAAAGGGAUCUCAGAGUAGCCCCCUGUCCCUGAUCUUCUCCCAUUCCACCCUAGGGACAGAAUACUGGAGGCUUCCCUCUCUACUGCUUUUCUUGGCCCUCCUGCCCCUGCCUCUAAGCUAACUGAAGGAGAUAACCAGGAUUUGAGGGAGGAAACUAGACCUUGGUUGAGGAAUCUAGAGAGAGGCUAAGAGCUAUAUGGGUUGGGGAAGAGCCUGGGCCCUGAGGGAAAAAUAGGUCUUGGAUGCAAACCUCCUUGCUACCUUAAGAUAACUUGUUUUGGAGACAGGGAGUACUCACUGGUGCUUAUGGCUGUGGGGCCAAAAGCCCCUUCAGAUAUUGUAAUUACCACCUCUUCUGGACCCCAGGCUUUGGCUAAAUCUCUCAGCUGCCAAAGAGAAAAAGAAGCAGUUAGGUACUGCCUGUGUUGGCCAAGGUGGGAGGGCCUGUAAUGAAAGUGAUCUGGGUUUUUCUGAAACAAGGAAGUUAGUGGAUGUUCCUCUCAUUCACCUACCUAACCCACACCCCAUCCCAAUCCCAGGGACAAGGACCGUGGGAGCCUCUUCGUGGUCUCCUUUACCACCAUCAUUUCAGUCCACACACCUUAAGUGCAGCAUCCUUUCUCUUGCCCCUCAGGUAGGUAGUCAGGCAAGGUCCCUGUUGUGGCCCAUCCCUAUGCUCUGUCUCUAGCCCUCUCACUCACUUUUUAACUUGCAUUUUUACUCCUGUAUCAACGCCCGGCUGCUUGGCCUCUUGUGAAUGAUAAUAAACCAUCUGUAGUGCACAA